AUUAUGCAAAAGCACCGACAAACUUAACAACAACCUUCAAUGCAAGUGGAGUUACUUUAGAAUGGGAGGACACUGGGAAUAACUGUACUAAUUUUACUGAGUAUCAAGUGACUGUUAUUAGUUGUUCAUGUACAUCAACCAGUGUAUUGAUGUAUAAUACUACUGAAACAGCCUUACAUAUAAACUCAAGCGACUUAUUAGAAAAUAUAACCUAUACAUACAUUGUUAGAGGGUGGAAUGAACAGUAAAGCAACAGCAGUGAACCAUUCACACUUGAUCUAAGCUAUAGAUAUAGAUGAGAAAUGAGAAUUAAGAAUUGGACCACAAUUUUAUGUAUAAAUACUAAUGCACUAAGGAAAACAAACUUACAGGAAAUUCAUACAAGUAUAACAAGAAAACAUAAUUAUCAAGUCAGGCAUCUGUAUCUAAUCCAAGUAUCAAUAUUAUCAAGUAUAAGUAUAUAAAGCUUGUUUGGCAAGAUCUAUAGAUUCAACAAUCAGUACAGGCAAAAAGAGUAGGAGGGGCUGUUCAGCUAAAUUCACUUCCUGUCCUGCUUACAUAAAAUCUAUAAAUAGAUCUAGAUCUAUAUAUCCUAUGUGUGUGUUUACUUUACAUACCAAAACAAAGGUGUUUAAUUUCAUGCUGCAAAACAUGUAUAUAUUUAGCCAAUUGUACCACAUCACAGUUAUGUUAGGAAUGAAUACGCAAUGAAUGGGUGGGUAUGUGAACAGGAAUCUGACCUGUCCCUUAUAGAUAUGAAUAUACUCAAGUGAUUGUUUGUGCUAUAUACUGGAGUGAUUGUUUGUGCUUUUUGUUCAGUUCAGCCAUUGGGAUGAUGAUGGCUUCAGCUCUGCUAUUAGGGCUCAUACUAGUCUGCAUUGGGAUGACAGAUGGUGCUAUCACUAACUUUACAUGCACUGAUGGGCCAGUAUGUGCAGGGGAUAGAAUAGAAUGCAACUGCACAACAGAUACUGGUACUUUAGAAUGGUCUAUAAGCUACAGUCUAGUAGAUACUUCAAUGUGGAGCCAAAUCCUAAGUGUUCUAUUCAAUAAAGCUAAAACAAAUGAAGAAUAUCAUUAUGGUUAUGAUUUCACAUUUAAUACAACUUAUACUGGUCUAAACACUUCAAUACUGACCUUUAAUCUUAAUCACUCUGAGAGUGUACUCAUUGAAUGUGCAAAUGGAAAUGUGACUCAUGAAAUGAACACAAUAGUUACUGAUUUAGGUUAUUAUGCAAAAGCACCGAGAAACUUAACAACAACCUUCAAUGCAAGUGGAGUUACUUUACAAUGGGAGGACACUGGGAAUAACUGUACCUCUACUGUGUAUCAAGUGACUGUUAUUAGUUGUUCAUGUACAUCAACCAGUGUAUUGAUGUAUAGUACUAAUGACACAGCCUUACAUAUAAACUCAAGCGACUUAUUAGAAAAUGUAACCUAUACAUACACUGUUAGAGGAUGGAAUGAGCAGCAAAGUAACAACAGUGAACCAUUCACACUUGGUAAUGAUGCAAUUAAUUUUCAGUGUGAAUCACUGCAAAAUAAUAAUGAUCUAGGCACUCCUAGCUUCAAUUUUACUAUUAUUGCAAAUGGUACUGCUGAUGAUUGCAGUGAUAGUUGUUGUGCUAAUAUCACAAUUUCUAUACAACUGGCAUUGAACACUUCAGACCCACAAUAUACAAAUCUAAGCUAUGAUAUAUCAUAUGAUUCCAUCACUGUUAAUAAUAAAUCAGUGGUAACAAAUGAAGGAGAAUGGAACAAGAAUAUGCAACUACCUCGUAAUGAAACACACUACAUUAAUUCUGAACAGGCAAAAAAUCAAUGUAGAAUGAUGAUUUCUGAAUGUAAUUCUACUUGCUCUAAUCCAAUUGAAAAAUCAAAUCAAGGCUAUAUUGUAGCAAUUUCUAUAUUAAUCAUAAUACUACUACUACUAGUUUUAAUAAUAGCUUGCUGCCUUUUUAAAAUAUUUUUUCCUGCUAAGUUUAAUCAAAUAAUAGACAAGAUCAAGAAAGGUAAAAAGUUAUUUAAGAGAAGAGAACAAACAGAAUAAUUUAUGACUAACAUUCCUUUUCUACUAUUACAUUAAACUAUUAUACAAUAAACUAUUUUUUAUCAUUAUUUUACAUAUUUUUAAUUAAACUUAAUAAGAUUUUAGCAUUUUAGAC